UCUCUCUUGAGUGCUCAUGGGACUCUGCCCAGAAUUCAUCUUUGCAAAGGAUUUCACUUUUCAUGGAGUUUCUAAAGGUGGCCCUGGUGGAUAAGAUGGCAUCUGUUUUGAAUGGCACAGGCCCUGUCUUGUUGAUGCUGCUUCCUCUGUGGGUGCUUCCUGGAUACUCUGAAGACCUAGCCUGGCAAGAGUUCAUGAAGCAACACCAUCUCAGCCUGGGCCUGGAUUUCAGCCAGCUGAGCUGUGAAGGUCUUAUGGGUGCCAUUGGCUCUCUGAAGGGCAAAGCCUCCCAUACUUUCAUCUAUGCUAUUUGGAGCCAGAUAGAAGAUAUAUGCUAUAGGGAUGGGUUAGAUCGCUAUGAGAAUGUACGAGUAUGGAGCAAGGAACCCUUCAAAAUCCUUACCUGUGAGCAGUUGGAGUCUGGUCAAGGCUACAGGGGCACCAGCAGCUAUAGCUAUUUAGAACUCCACUGUGGCCUGAGUGGAUUCCCUGUGAGCCUAGAGGACACCAAGGUGAAGAGGAAAAUUUCAAACUAGGGGGCUGUCUCUACUUAUGCCGCAAGCUGAAGUUCCCUGGAUAAUAGAGGCUAUUGGCCGCCUGGGCUUAUGUUUUCCUGUCCAGCCCAAGGAUUGAACACUGAAUAAGUUUACUGAAGUUAGUAGUUUAUUUCUCAACAAUGGAAAGAAUCUGAGCCACCACAUCACCCUACCCUCUAAACUAUUUCCCCCCCCCUCCACACACACACCUUUCCUUCACCCCCAAUCACCAAAGGAAGAGAGGAUCGAAAGGCUAAGAAAUUGGAACAGAGAUAUCAGAUAUCAGAAGGGCAGAGAUUCAUUCCUCACCUCAUAAAAGUGGUGCAAGGUAGAGACAUUCAUAAAGGAAAAGGAUCCAGCAAGUUCUAAUCAAGUUUUUCUCCCUGAGAGAUAUAAGGCAGGAGAGGGACUUAGGAUAGUUGGGGGAGAUGGCAAAAUGAUUAGGAGAGAACAGAACUUUUCUUCUAAUCAGAUCUACCAA